GAGCACAUUUCAACAGAGUGUUGCCAUGGAUCGACUGCGAAGGAUUGUUGGUGUUCUACAAAAACCCAACCUUGGGGAGAAGUAUAUGGGCACUCUUCUGCAGCUGGAGAUGAUGUUAAAGGCUUGGUUCCCUCAGGUGAGGCCUCAGCAUCGCGAUGACACCCCUUCACUCCACAGUCUUAUGGCUAGCCUGCCUCCACGCUGGAAUCAGGACCAGUUACAUAUUCCUGUGAAGAAACGCAGAGUAAGUUGGUCAGAUUCUGACUCGCAAGGUUCUUCAAGCAGCAAACGCGUUCAAGAGGACGAUCGAGGUCUGAGCCCCAGCGAUAGCAGCUCAUGGCUCAGCAGCUCCGAUACCACAUCUAGUGAACUUGAAGACAGUAUGAUCUGUACAAAUCAAAAUAAUGUGACAUCUGAACCCAAACUCAUCGAAAACAGCAAACUUCUAGUCAGGCAAAAGACAAACUCCUUAAACGAAACCUCUAAGACUGCAACAGGAAGACCUCCUCCGCUUGUAAUACCAUUGUCAGCGACAGAUGGCAGCAGCUUGGGCAUGCAGGACUGUUCUGUGUCCUCCACUAAUCCUACUUCCGCCCCACCAGAGGACAUGAUGAUGAGUGAGAAAGAUGUGGGUGAAUCUGUAAAAGGAGAAAGGCCAAAAAAACUGAUUAAUAGUUGCACAGAGAUGUUAAACGCAUAACAUUUUGAAGUUUCUCAUGUUUAAAAGAAUGAUUGACUUAACAUUUCUCCAGCCUGUUGAUACUGAGAAUUCAUUGUUUUUCCACAAAGUUUUGUUCAUUUAGUUUAGUUAAUUUUGCAUUCUGCCACAUAUAUGUACAGCACAGAAAUUAUCAUAUGUACAAUGUGACAUAAGGUUUGUGUUUAUACGAUUAUAGGUUGAAGAAAGAAGUGUCUUUAAAAUACAUGCCAGAGCCGUAUAGUCAAGCGGCGAAACAACAUGCACAGCUAUCAAACACUCUACUGCUCCACUUUCCAUGAUAACACAGACUUCCAACAAUAUCUGCAGCUUUAUGAACAUAAAACCAGUAAGCCAGAUAUCAGCAGAAAAAUAGUUUGGUAAAACGUCCAGAAGCAUGACUGUUAUUGCAAUCUACAUUAAUGUUCUUUGACUUGAAUUGAAAAACACUUUGAGCAUUGGCUGAAAUAGAAAUACAUUAUAUGGGGGGAUAUUUUAGAGGCAGUUUUAUUUAUUGCAUUAUUACUUGAAGAUACUGAAUUCACUUAAGCAGCCUUAAAGUGUCCGUACAAGUGGGCCCUGGCCAUUAUCAUAGCUCAGUGUUUCAUAUUUAUUAAGAGACCGAAAGAAUAAUCCCAGGAACAACAGAUGGGAUGUGUGUGAGGUGUUAUUCUAUAAUCUGGGGAGUAAACGUUCAUUUAUUGAAAAUGUUCUUGCCAAAAACUGCACAUUUAUGUUGUUCUGCUUCCAUGCUAUAAUAGUUUGUUUUGUCUUGGAGAUCUCGAUUUUUGUUAUAGGAAAUUGCACAAUUGUUUCCUUUAACUCACCUUUUUUUUUCCAUUUAGAAUUUGUGAAUCUGAGCAUUGUGACUAUUAACCAUUCUCUAAAACUAACAUGUUCAAGUUAAUGAUGAAUAUGUGGCGUGUCACACACUGUAAAGGUCACACUGAGGCAGAUGAGACUUGUAUUUUAUUUAGUUAUUUGUAGAAUAUAUUCUGACAUUAUAGAUGCAGUAUUUGGUAGUUGCUUCAUGAGGAAUGAGAACUUUUUGGCUAUGUUGACAGAUGCAUGUAGUCACAUCUUUGUGCAGCUGUACAAGUAUCGUGUAAAAAAUACAUGUAAGUAUAUUGUUGGAAUUAUAAUGGAGAUUAUACUAUACGGGAAACAUGAACAUGAAGGUGUAUUGUGAGACUAAUAUUUAAUGGCACUUAACAGCUUCACGCAUUUUGAGGAAGAUGUUUUUAUUAUUAUUUGUUUCAGAAAAGUCAGCCAUUGUAGCACCACUGUUAUUUUCUAUUCAUGAUUCAAAACCUUUUUCUCUUGUAAGUAAUUUCUGUUCUUGUAUCAAAGUUUUUGUCAAGGUUGCUGAAAUGUUUUUCAACAUGCUCUAUUUUUUGAUAUCAUUA